AUGAAGCGGGACUGUCCUGUGCAGAAAGGCGACAGUGGGAAUGAUGAUGGUUUUGCUGUGAGCGAGAAACGACUCGACGGUUGGCUGAUUGACAGUAAAGCUACACCGCAUAUGACUCCGCAUCGUUUCGACCUGUUCGACUACGAGAUCCUGAACGAUGGCAAUGAUGUAACGAUUGCCGAUAGCAAGAAGAUACGCGUUCAUGGAAAGGAACAGUGA